AACCGCAAAUCGUGUAGAAGCGCAACGCCGCGUCAUAAUCGUCUCUGGCUUUUUCCCCAGAGGUUGCAUACCGUCGACCUCUGUGCGAUAUCUACCCAUACGUUCAAUACUAUACUGAAUAAACGGCGAUUUAUACUCGAUCGAUCGCUCGUAUAAAUAGCGAGCGUAGAGCCCUGCAUUGAUAUAGUCAACCCGUUGCACAAAAUGGACAAGACUCGCGUUCUCAUGAUGAUCGGGCUAAUUGCACUUGCCGUUUGCUUGGCCAGCGCACAACCAGCAAAUACUGAUAGGCCUAAGACAUAUGUGGAUCAUAGCAAUGGCGUGGAGACGUCUAUACCCGGCACAACGGUGCCACAGGAGGAGCGCCCAGCGCAGCCAGCGCAACCUGUGCCCAGUGUGGUGUACAAUCGGGGUGGCAAUGUUGUGCUGCAAAACGAAGCUGGCAGCAUCUUUACGCGGCCGGACGGACGCAAGGUCCUGGUCGGAGCUAACGGUCAGACGAUUGUAACUAGAGCUGGUGACAGUGAUGAGGAUACGUCGAUCGAUGAUGAUGACGACAUCCUAACAGAAUUUAGCGGCAAUAAUGUUAUUAUCAAUGGUCGUCAUUUAGGUGGAGGUGGCCAGAGUUUCAUCUCAAGCAAUGGUGGAGCACUUUUCAUGAAUCAGGUUGGUGAGGGCGGCUACCAGACCUAUAACAACUACCAGAUUCGCAUUGUCGACGGCGGACUACAGCUGACAGUUGCCGGCAAGGUCUAUAACUUCCCCGCCAAGGAUGCUAGCGUCAAGUCCCAGGAGCAGGUCGACAUCAAUGGCCAACAGGCGACAGUGCAGUACGAGAAUGGCAACAUAGUUGUGGAGCUAGCCGAUGGCACAGUGCUGGCCAAGGCCGAUGGCGGGCUCUUCAGCGGCAAUCGUCAUUCGUAUGACAACCGAAAGCAGAUCCAGGAGGAUGCGGCACGCCAGGCUCUCAAGGUACAAGAAGACUUGGCCCAAAUGCAAAGGAACUUACAGGCGGAGCUCAGCGAACAAAUGAAGCAGCUACAGGAAAGUCUGCAGCACAGCCUGGGCAAUAUACAUUUCUAGUAUAUCAAAGGCAAUGCGGGAGCUUGAACUAUAUAUAUAUCGAGUAUAUAUGCUUAUAGAUACAAGUUGCCUUAAUAAAUACACAUAAGUAAAUGCGCACUCAAA